AUGGUUAUGGAAGAGAAAAUACCUAUGGAGGAGGACCGAGUCGAGACAGGGGCACAGGUCGUUCGGUCGGAGGGUGCCGCUUCCACCGCUCCUGCUCUCGAGCGCUCAGACUCGGCGACCAUAGCCGAAGAAGCUGUCGACAACCUCGUCCGCCGGCUGGAGGCCAGCGAUGACGAAGGCGAUAGCGACGAGGAGGGAUGCGACACCCAUGGUGGCGCGUGGAGGUCGCUCCAGUACGCCAGCUACAUGGCAGGCAUGCAUCACUUCGUCAAGGAGAAACAUCGAGCUCAGGGCUACCUUGCCGCUGAGCUGGCCAAAGCCGACCACGAGAUGGGCGAAGGACAGCAGGACCCCACGAAGAGGCCCACCCUGGAGGGCGAUAUCGAGCACUAUUCGGUCCAAAAGCAGAUCACUCGGCGCCUCAACAAGAAGAGCCCCGGCUUCCUCUCCGCCGUCGGCAUGAUCUGGAACGCCACGCGAGCGGAGAUGGCCAGCAGAAUGGGGGGGGGUGGGGAGGGGGGCGGUGUUGUUGACCAGGAUGCUGACGGGAUUGACGAGGCUGCGUUCGUGUGCCUGAUGGUAAAGGUCCACUACCUCAUCAUUUGUCCUCCGGUCGACAUCUGGACGGAAACGCUGGAGGCGUCAGAGUACGACGCGCUCGCCAUGAUGAUCGCGAAGGGGGUCACGACGGAAGUGGACGCCCCCACGGAGACGGGGCCCGACGUCGAGGAUGGGCGGGGCUCGGUGGCAGGGUCGGUGGCCUCGGUCACGGGCGAGAGGAAGAAAAGUCCAGAGAGGCGAUACGUGCUCAAGGCCGACGAGGGGAUCGUCUACGACCCGAACAUCACGAGAGAACCGGUCUACAUGGAAGAUAUCGAGGAACAGGCCGACGGGUAUGAGUCUGGAGAUCAAGACGGGGGCACCGCUGGAGGGGGUGAAAACGCGUCGAGGGGGAGAGAUAAAAAAGGGGGGGGCGGCGGCGGCGGCGGCGGCACUGAAGCGGGCGGGGGCGAGCUGCGGAGCGGCGCAGGGGCAGGGACAGGGCGAAAAGCCCCGAGGAAACCGGGGCAAAAGAGGUUCGGCGGGGCCAGAAAGACUGGACCCCCGGGGUCUCCGGGCCGGGAUUGCGCGGAUGACAGCGGAGCGGGCGCGGCUGUUUCUAGCCUCGCGCAGCAGGCCGGCCGGUCUUCUAAGGUGGCCUUGCUGAGCGCGGAGCGCGUCAACGCGACCAUCGCCAAGAUUUACUUCUCCAAGAUGCAGGUCGACAGGAAGCUUCUCACACGAGAUGGCAGCCUCUCGUGGGUGGACAAGUGCAGGCGAAAAAAAGACCAGAGGAUGGACCGUUUUGUCCUGCAGUUCCACGUUCGACAGUUCGGAACUAAGAAGCUGGCUCGUCGAAACCUCCACCAGCUCUGCAAGAGCAUCACCAAGCUCGCACCCACCAACCCACGAAUAGCGGCGAGUAGAAAGACGCACAGUUGCCUCUACACGAUGUAG